AUGAGUGCAAAUUUUACAAUGAUAAAGACCGAGUUAUCAACUUUAGCCCCAUUAACAACUCAUUGUUCCUACACAAUCGCUGCUCUUUUAGUAAUUGCACUUCAACAGAAGAAGGAAGUUGCAUUAACUACAGAAUUGGCCAGAACAGUUCAAUUGUCCAACGAAGGUUCUGUUGUACGAAAUGCGAAGGCAAAGGUGGUGGUCAAAUUUCAUAUACAAAAGUUGGCACAGAUAACUUAA